CAAUUUAAUCGCGCCGUCGACCUUGUGCAAAGUCUGCCCAAGAGCGGGCCGGUGCAGACGAGCUAUGAAGAAAAACUGCAGCUCUACUCGCUUUACAAGCAGGCAACGGACGGCGACAACGCCGCGCCCAGGCCCGGCAUGCUCGACAUGCUUGGUCGCGCGAAAUGGGACUCGUGGGCGAAGCAGAAGGGUUUGUCGAAGCGCGACGCGAAGGCACUCUACGUCGGGGCCUUGUUAAAAGUG